AUGUUUGUUGCAGGUUCAUUGAUGGAAGAUAGAUUGAUGAAGUCGUUGAUGGAAGAUAGGUUGCUGAAGUCGUCAACGGGGGACAUGAGCGCCUCCGGCGUGUUAGAUAGACGUGAGCAUGUCACUCUAUAUAAUUUUGACGAGAGAUCGUCCAAGUGGGUGGGCGAGGGACUCGAGUGUAGUUGCUUCAUAUUGGAUAGUCGCCCACCUUGCUUGGUGUUCCUGAGUCAGCGACCGAAGCCGAGUUACAUGACCUUGUGUAUUUCUUGUGGUUGGACGUUGUCCAAAGAAGGCGUCUACGUCUAUUUGCGGAUCACAGACCGAGGAGGGCCAACGCAGUCUAAGGCUGUGAAAUUUGAUAGCCCCGAAGGGGCGGACUCCUGGUACCCCAUCCUGGAAUCGAUCAUUGAAUGCAGAAGAGGCCCAAGCGCCGCCACUCAGAAGAACCGUAAUUGGUCCACAACCGGCCACACGCCGCCAAGAUACGAAGUCAACACCGUCAGCGACAAGAUGGUUGGAGACCUGCUCAGACACACCAUGCGACUUUAA